GUCGGUUUCAUGAAAAAUCAGAGUUCUUAGUUCUCCUCGGGAUCGACAUUAUCGGACUCCAAAAAGUGCAGUUCGAUUUUAGCCUCAAAUAGGCUGGGUGAUAUCAGACAUAUGUAAUAUCUUGUGACUCAUCAGCUACGGGGUUUGAUUGAGGCCUGUGAGCUGCACCAUUCUCAAAAUGACCAAGAAAAGCCUUGUGACCUGGCUUUUCUUGGCUUGUUCCACUUUUGUGACCUGGCAGCUUUUGAUUCCUGGAUUUUCUCCUCAAGGUAGGUUCGCUGUCAAAGCCUCUAGGCCUGUUUCAGUGUCUGCAAUGGCAGAGAUCGAGCCCAUCAGAGAUGGAAAGAUUGUGGAUGGCAAGAUUGCGCUUUCUACAUCUUUAUGGGACACCAGCCUCGAAAUGCCUCCGCGCCAGGAUGCCUCCGAGGUUGAUGGAAGGGAUGCCAACACGCCAGACAAAUGGAUCAAGAGGCACCCAGAUAUGCUGCGAAACACUGGCGCACAUCCAUUCAACUCGGAACCACCCCUGAAGCGCUUGCAGGAGGCAGGUUGGAUCACACCUCCUUCUUUGUACGUGGUGCGGAACCAUGGUGCCGUGCCACAGCUUUCCUGGUCUGAGCAUCAGUUGCAAAUCAGUGGGGUGCCAAAACCAGUGAACCUCAGCAUGGAGCAGAUCGCGUCUGGAGAGUGGGGCACCAUUGUAUCAAUCCCUGUGACCUUCAUUUGUGCUGGCAACCGUCGGAAGGAGCAGAACAUGACCAAGAAGACGGUCGGCUUCGACUGGGGUGCCGGAGCGGUUGGAAACUCAGUUUGGACAGGAGUGCGACUCUGUGACUUGCUGGCGGCUGUGGGCAUCACUCGCCCUUCCAAAGAGCAUCGCUUUGUUCAUUUCGAAGGUCCGUUGGGUGAGUUGCCUCAAGGCAAAACAGGCUCCUACGGAACUUCCAUUGACUUGGGCUGGGCUCUUGACAGAGAGCGAGAUGUGCUGCUGGCUUUCAAGCAAAAUGGAGAGCUGCUGACACCAGACCAUGGCUUUCCUUUGCGCACGCUCUUGCCUGGCUGCAUUGGUGGUCGCAUGAUCAAGUGGCUCAGCAGCAUGUGGGAUAUGGUAUGAAACAUGGGUGAGAACAAACUGGGCUGUGGUUGGUGCUGAGUCUUUUUAUGCUCUGACAUUUCAAUUGCAGAGGGUCGUAAUUGUAUCAGACAAACCUUCGGAAAACCAUUACCACUACUUCGACAAUCGUGUGCUCCCACCCCACGUGGACGCCGACCUUGCAUAUGCGGAAGGGUGGUGGUACAAACCCGAGUACAUCAUCAACCAUAUGAACAUCAACUCCGCCAUGUUUGAGCCGCGGCACAACUCUUUCGUUAAAGAAGUGAGCUUGCCCAAGACUCUGAAGGUUUCAGGAUACGCAUACACUGGCGGAGGCCACAAGAUCAUCCGUGCAGAGAUCUCUUUGGACUCAGGGAAGUCUUGGGAGAUCACAGAGCUUUCAAGGCCAGAAGAUGAAAUUGCCGAAGCCCGUGGCACUGACAAGCACUGGUGUUGGGCCUGGUGGGAGACUGAGGUCGACAUGAGCCGGCUUUUGGACAGCAGUUGCGAAGAGAUUUGCUGCCGUGCCUGGGAUUCCAAUCAGAACUGCCAGCCUGUGCAGCUGACAUGGACUGUGAUGGGCAUGUUGAACAACCCCAUUUACCGCAUCAAGAUUCACCGUGAGAACAACAUGCUUUGGUUCGAACAUCCAACCCAGGGUUCCAUGCCUGGUGGUUGGAUGACUGAUCAAGCAGGCCAAUUCAACGAGAACUUUGCGGUUGAGGCCACACCGGGCAAAAAUGGAGUAGCGCCUCUACGCCCUGUUGCAGCAGUGUGGAAGGGUGCCAAGAUAGACUCAGUCAGCGCUGCCAACCCUUCCAGUCAAGAUGCCCGGGAAUUCAAAGGCACCAAGGCAGGCAAGCUGGUGCAGUCCACCGAUGAGUGGCUUUCUGGCAUUAGCAUGGAGAAGGUCAAGAAGCACGACAACGAAAAGUGCUGCUGGUUUGUGGUGAAGGGCAACGUGUAUGACGGCACGCCGUACU